AUGGUUCUUAGCUUUGUCAUGUCGUUGUUUGAUCCACUGGGUCUCUUGUCACCGUUUACAGUUCUUGGGUGGAUGUUACUCCAAGAUAUAUGGCGGAUGGGCUGUGAUUGGGAUGAGAAGAUAGAUAGGGAAUCUUUCAGAAAAUGGAUUAAAUGGGCAAAGCUGCUGCCAGAAAUUAAGACGUUCCGUAUCUCCCGAAGUUACUUUGGAAACGCGCGGUCUGAUGAGGUACAUGAUAUCCAGCUCCACGUGUUCACGGAUGCUAGCGAAACGGCUUAUGGAUGCGUGGCGUUUUUACGUGCGGUAGUUCGAGGCGAAAUUAUGUGCACACUAAUAAUGAGUAGAGCUAAAGUUGCACCUUUGAAGCUGGUAUCUAUUCCUCGAUUGGAACUCCAGGCAGCAGUUCUGGGAGCACGUUUAACACGCACAGUACGCGAAAAUCACAGUCUCACAAUCGGCAAGCAAUGUAUUUGGACAGAUGCGCAAACAGUUUUGUCCUGGAUUCGAUCCGAUCAGCGGAACUAUAAGAAAUAUGUCGGAUUUCGGAUUGGAGAAAUUCUCAGCUUAACAAAGCUGACCGAUUGGUAUUGGGUACCGACAAAGCUUAAUAUAGCGGAUCAAUUGACAAAGUGGGGAAAUGAGUUGGAUUUAAGCUCAAACAGCUCGUGGGUUCGAGGGCCCGCAUUUUUGUAUCAAUCGGAAGAAAAGUGGCCACGAAAAUGCAUGCCACCAGCGAAUACUACGGAGGAACUACACGUUCAUCUUUUGUUACAUGACAUAUGUUUGCCAGGCCAGUUCAUAGAUCCUUCACGAUUCUCGAAAUGGACCGUGCUGGUACGAACCGUUGCUUCAGUGAUUAGAUUUGCGUCUAAUUGUAGACGAAAGGUGAGAAAGCAGCCGAUCGAAACUUUAAGAGCCACAGACCGUCAGAAGAAAAUAUUGGAACGGAUGGCAAGCGUUUUGAGUGUACGUGUUCCUUUCCAGCAAGAAGAGUACAAGAGAGCUGAAUCGCACUUGCUUAGAAUGGCACAGGCGGACUCAUACGGACCUGAAUUAAAGGUGCUAAUGCAUAACAAAGACCGCCCAGUCACCGAGUGGCUUUCCCUGGAAAAAUCGUGCUGUCUAUAUAAGUUAUCGCCGUUUUUGGAUGAAACCAAUGUGGUCCGAAUGGAGGGACGAACAGAACGAGCGAAAUAUCUACCAUUUGAUUUGCGGUUCCCAAUCAUUUUGCCGGCUGAAAAUGCAGUAACGAAAUUGCUGGCCCAUCAUUAUCACUCAAAAUUUGGCCAUGGAUACCGUGAAACAGUAAAAAAUGAGUUGAAGCAAAAAUAUUUAAUACCGAAGGUUGAUGCAUUGGUCCGAAGAGUGUCUUCGUCAUGCAUGUGGUGUAAAGUUCAGCGAAACAAACCACAUUGUCCCAGAAUGGCACCGCUACCGGUGCAGAGACUUGCGCCGUAUCUUCGGCCGUUUAGCCACGUCGGCGUCGACUAUCUGGGUCCAUUCGAGGUGACAGUGAAUCGCCAUGUGGAAAAAAGAUGA